CUUGUGAUAAGAGUGCACAUGUCUGAUGACAGCUCAAAGACAAUGAUGGUAGAUGAACGACAGACAGUAAGACAAGUGUUAGACAACUUGAUGGACAAAUCGCAUUGUGGAUUUAGCUUAGACUGGUCCUUGGUAGAAACAAUCUCUGAAUUACAAAUGGAGAGGAUUUUUGAAGACCAUGAAAAUUUAGUUGAAAACCUCCUGAACUGGACAAGGGAUAGUCAAAACAAGCUCAUGUUUGUUGAACGUAUAGAAAAAUAUGCCCUUUUUAAAAAUCCCCAAGUAAGUAUAAUGCUUUUCCAUCAAUCUUGUAUUAUUGUCACAGAGCAGAAUGAAAAUUAAAAUACUAAAAUAAAACAAAACAAGAAAUAAUGUUGUAUUAAAAUUAAUGGUGAGAUCAUCAAUGGGUGGAAAUAGAGCUUUUUUUUUCUAUAUUUGAACAUCCAUUGUGGCUUAAACAUCCUUUAUGGUGGUUGUUUUUACAUGCUUAAUACA